AUGCCCGAAAACGUCAUCUCACUAACCUGCGUCCUCGCCUCCGGCGCCAUCAUUAAAACACACAACAGACCCCGGAAAACAUCCGCGGGAUACGAUCUCACACACUUGAUCAUCGGAUCUGAAGGUACCCUUGCGCUCGUCACGGAAGCGGUGCUGCGUCUUGCGCCGAUACCGCGGAAUUUGCAUGUUGGGCUUGCUACUUUCAAGACGUUCCAAGAAGGUGUCGAUGUGGUUGUGAGCCUGCAGAAACUGGGUCAUCGGCUUGAGGCGUUGGAGUUGGCGGAUGGGCCGCAGAUGCGGUGUGUAAAUGUGUCUGGUCUUGCGCCUGCGCGCAGGUUUGAAGAGGUGCCGACGCUGUUUUUCAAGAUUGCGGGGCCGUCGAUGGAUAGUGUGCAAGACCAGGUUGGUGUCAUGCGAGAGCUGUGUAAAACACACGGCGCAUCGCAUGUUGAGAUCACGAAUGAGGAGGGCGCGGUGGGUGCAAUCUGGGGAGCGAGGAAAUGUAUGGGCACGGCUCUCCUUGCUAUGAAGAAGAAGGAUACGGAUCUUUUCUUACACAGCGACUGCGCAGUCCCUAUUUCGAAUCUCUCUCGCCUCGUCGCUGGAACCCAGGAACUCAUCUCCCAAGCCUCAACCGCUAACCAAGCGGAUUGGUUCUGUGCCAACGUAGGCCACAUCGGAGAUGGCAACGUGCACUCCAGCAUCGUGUGCCCACAAGAGCACUACGACGCCGCGAUAAGUGUGAUCAUGGAUAUCGCGAGGCUGGCGCUUAGCUUGGAGGGCACGGUUACGGGCGAGCAUGGUGUGGGGAUGAAGCUGAGGGAUGCGCUGGAGGAGGAGGUGGGGAGCGAGGGUGUCGAGGUGAUGAGGGGGAUUAAGCGGAGUUUAGAUCCGAGGGGGAUUUUGAAUCCGGAUAAGGUGUUUAGGCUGGAGGGGGAUGGGGAAGAGGAGGGGGGUGAGAGUAAAUCCUAG